AUGUUCCUCCAGCGCUACGUGCACGUGGUGCUGGACGCCGUGCUGGGCAGCUACGUGAAGAACAUCGACCCGGCGGCGCUGCAGAUCAGCGUCUGGAACGGCAAGAUCGAGGUGGAGGCCGUGGAGCUGCAGCCCGACGCCUUCCCGCUGCCGGGCCACGUGCGCCUGGCCAAGGGCACGCUGCGCCAGCUGCGCAUCGACCUGCCGUGGACCAACCUGGCCAGCCAGCCCAUCCGCGUGGACAUCCAGGACGUGAGUCUGCUGCUCGAGGUCUGCGCGGACGACCGCGCGUCGUCGGACGAGCUGUCGCCCGACGAGCUGCGGCGCGCCGCGCGCCAGAAGCUGCAGACGCUGCAGCGCAAGCGCGCGGCCGUGGACGCCGUGGAGAAGGCCACGGAGUUCAGCGAGAAGACGCAGCAGUCGCACCAGAGCGGCUGGACGCAGAGCUUCCUGUUCAAGCUGCUGGUCAAGGUGCUGGACAACGUGCAGGUGCACGUGCAGCACCUGCACCUGCGCAUGGAGGACGCCGUGUCCGACCCGAGACGCCCCUACGCCGUGGGGAUGACGCUCGAGGCCAUCAUCGUCAAGUCGGCCGACGAGGGCUGGAACUACACCAUGGUGGGCCGCGGAGGCGGAGGAGGGGGAGGACGCGCUCAGGACGGCGGGUCCUUCAUACGGAAGAAGAUGGACAUCAACAAGUUCGGCAUCUACUGGUCCCUGCCCCUCGUGCCCGUCCCGCAGGAGGUGCUCAAGGACGCAGACGCCUUCGCCACGCUCAUGAGGAGCAGCUUUGCGACGACAGGGAAAGCGAGUGAGCCGGCGCCGUCGCCCCCGACCUCAGAGAGCGCGACCAGCGGGGAGAUCACGCUGUUCAAGCAGAGUGACUACAUCGUGCACCCGCUGACGGUGUCGAUGAAGCUCACAGUGAAUGACGGGAACGCCAAGCUGCCGAUUACGCACCAGGAGCUCAGCGAGCGCGUGCUGUCGAGACUCGGAACACCCUGGAUGGUGGAAACGAUUGACGCUAUUGGAGACGAAGCUUGGAGCGAGUUCUUGGAGAUGAUGCCGAAGCUGGCGGGAGAACGCAAGUACACUCUGGGCUUUGUCUUUUCGGAGGCGUGGUCAGUCGCUAGGGACCUCACGGAGGAGGAGGACGAGAUCCCCUCGGUGCAGCAGUUCAAGGAGGCGUUGUCCAGCUGCAUGCAGUGGUCACUGGAGGAGGUCGAUCGCGUCGAGCACUGCAUCGUCAAGUAUCGCGAGGCGGUCGUGCACGUGAUGGAAGAGAAAAGCACCUACAUUGACGCUCAAGCCAGCAUCGACCAGAUCAGUACGUCUCUGCAUCGCCAGCAGUAUCUGAGCGCGCUGUCUUUCAUUUCCUUUCUGACGGUGAAGCGUCGCCAAGCUCGGUACUUGGUGCUUCGCCCGAAAAGAGUCCGUGUAAAGGACAACCCGAGAGCAUGGUGGAGAUAUGCCGUCAACGCCGUCUUGCUGGACGUUCGUGAACGCUUGGCUCACGUGGACUGGGAAGCUCUCGAGCAAAAGCGACAGCAGAGAAAUCGGUACAAAGAGCUGUAUCUCGUGCUGGAGCAUGGAACUACAUUUGCUGCCACGCUCGUUCCAUCGGAUGUGCGCCUCCUGCCGAAAGAAAUGGCGCGCAAUGAGCUUGAUGACCUCGAGUACGUUAUGGAAGUCAAAGAGUUAAUCAGGCUUCGCCGUGCUGUGCGCAAAGAUAUCGCUAAUAAGGAGAAAGAGAAGGAGGCUCUAAGCAAACUGCAAGCCCAGCGCGAGAGCGAGCUCAAGGGUGACGGUGGGGCUUCACAAGGGUCUGAUAUUCCUGCUAGCUCGCGUCUGUGGUCAUACGCUACGUGGCUUACAGGCGCUGGUACAGCGCAAAGUGGGUCAUCGAGCCAUGUGACAGCUUCACGAAAAGGUGGCGAUGUGCGUGUUGAGGACGUCAAAUGGAGUGAUCAAGACACAAAAGAUUUGUACGAGGCGAUUGAUUUUCACCCUGAGGAAGAUGAUAAGGAGAGCAAGGCACCUGAUGGUGGCGAGGUCGAGGAUGCUGCUGUGCGCAAGAAACGCUUGAUGCAAGAGCAUUUGCACAUUUUGUACCGAUUCCAGCUCACCCUCUGUAAGGCAAGCUUCGGACUUAGUCUUGAGGAUGCUCCUGCUGAUCUCAGUGGGCGGACGCUGCUCGAAGUUGCUAGCAAACCGGCCUCCCUGAAAUCUCCCUCGUCGUCCUACCUAACUGCUUCAUUGGAUGACGUCGAAAUUCAAUUUCUGGUGCGACCGUCGUGCUUGGAGGUGGGCCUUCAGCUGCGUGACGCAUUUUUCUGCCAGAGUUCCCAGUCUUCGGUUCAUGACCGGUUGUCGUAUAGAAGAAGUUCGGUCAACUCCUCGGAAACAGACUUUUUCCUUCAGCGAAUGGAAAUGGAUGAAGUGCUCGAGUACCAUCCAGUUGGAGUUCGGAACCAAAUGAGCAGUGUGCGACUUCGCCACUGUGAGAGAGAGCUCCCGUUGAUACAACUCAGCAUUGAAUCCGAGCGCCAGCCGAAGGUUGACGAUUUGGAUACGGAUCCGAACCAGUCUGACUUGGUCGUCACUGACGAUGCACGUGGAGGUCAUUUACUUCGAGUUUCAUUGGUGACUCAACCUAUCAAGUGCAAUGUAAAUCUGAUGUUUCUGCUCGAUGUGGUGGCCGUGUUUUCUCGACCAGUCAACGUGGAUUUGUCUGGGCUCGAGCAUAGUGCGUGGAAGAGAGCACAAAGUUUGCAGCGAUACAGUGCUGCUCAGCUACGUGAUGCGUUAGCCCGAAGAACGAAAGUCGACAUGCGCUUGGAUGUGAUUUCUCCUUUGAUUAACAUUAUCCAGUCGCCACCGGCGGACACUUGUAUUCCUAGUGGCGAUGAAGUGAGUCUCUUGGUAUUCCUGGGUCAUUUGAAAGCACAGACGAAACACCCAGGUGGCAGUGUUGACGAAAGUGAUAUACCAAGUGAUGCUGGCGAUAAUGACAAGGAAGUAGUCGCGAGUAAAAUGAUUGUGCUGGCGUCACCUGAGCAAAGUUUAUACGACGUUCUGGAGAUCAGUAUAUCUGGGAUCGAAGUGCAGAUAAUUGAUGGCGAGGAUAACAAGUUAGGCCGAAGCGUGUUCCGAAGGCGAAGCCAUUCGAGCCAAAAGUUCGCGUGGCAUUAUCUGCUGGAGAAAACAUCUCUAACGUUUAGUUUUUACAUGAGCGUCACGCCGGAUGACCCAAGUAUCCCUCUUCUGAAGUUGUUUGGUGGAGUUGACAGCGUCAACCUGAAUUUAUCGGCAGCAAGUUUCCGCUCAUUGAUGCACCUGCUGCAUUCCUUUGGUGAUAACUUCUCGGUUCAUGCCCAGCGUCGCAUUGAUAGAGAUGCUGCUCUAGGUUCCGCUGCACCACAUCAGUCAUCGCGACUUCUUACAAGUGGAACUCCGCGACGAAGUAUCCCCAAGCUCGUACGGAAAACUUCAUCUUACGUAAAGCCUGGGACUGUUGCUUUAUCCAGUAGUGGCUCAAGUGGAAGGGCAACUACGACAUCCGAAAGCCCGUACCUUGGUUUAGCCAGAAAGAUCCAGCUCGAGAGAAAGAAAACGUUUAGAGAGAAGGACGUCGACGACGAAGACCUACUCAAGCUGUGGAAACGUGUGAUCUGCCAGCUGCAAUUUGGGGUGGGUGAGAUAAUUCUCACUCUGCAAGUUCGAGACCUGGACCACGGAUCUGGCAAAAUUGUUCGUGUACGUGCGGUCGAUAUCAACACACGGCUAAAAGUGAGGUCCUACGACAGGAGGCUUGAAUUUGCGCUGGGCACGUUCUUGGUGGAGGAUAUUCUUCUCACAAAGGCGUCGCCAUCGUCGAAGGUGGUGGAAAAGAAACGUUUCCUGAUGAAAUCGGGGAAUCACAGCGUGGUUACUGACCUAGACGAGAAGUCAGAGGAGGAGAAUGUUUCGUCCAUUAAGCCUCCAUCAUCGUCUGAGCAACUGAUUCAUGUGGCGAUUACGAGUAUUGCAUCCGAUGCUGUGCUGCUCAAGGACAAAAGUAUGUGGAAGUAUGCUCGUCACUCGCCACUUUCGCCAUCCUCGGAUAAAAAUUCGGUCUGGCAAGAUCCGCUUAUCACAGCGGUUUCCGUUGAUGCAAGUUUGCGAGUAUUAACGAUUGAUGUAUACCAAGAUACGCUGGCGGAAGUCUUUGUGUUCUUUUUCAAGCACAAUACAGACGAAAGUACCGGUGAAAGCACCGAGAAGCAGUCUCCACCACCACCUCCUCCGUCAUUCAGAAGCGCCAGCGAAGGAAGCACGGCAAGCCGAAAGAGACUGACUACCGACCUGGAAGAGCAAUCAGUCUUGUCAUCGGUGGACACCGAGGCAAACGAAGGCACCUUUUCGAGGAAGCUUGGAGUGUGGAUGGCGUCGUCGUUCCUGGACAACAUUCCAGUUGCCAGUCCAGAGAAGGAGAAGGACCCAGAUGAUGAAUCAAAAGACUUGGAAGGUGAUGCAGAGGAAGAACUGCCAGCGUCAAUGCAGUUGCGUCUUCACGUGGAGGGUUUGUCGCUAUUUCUCCAUUUGGACGACAAGCAGAGACCCGAAGGCAUGCCGUCAGCCUUUGCUAGCUUGACGGCACAACAAUUCUGCUGCUGCAUCCAACGAUUCCCGCGCUACCUGAGUAUGUUUGCGUAUCUGACUUCGUUGAAAAUCUGUGAUGUGUCCUUGUUGGAUCAGCACCUCAGUGAGAUCGUAUCGCAUGGAAGUACGCGCACUGAGGCAGAUGAGGAUAAAGUGCGGAUAAAGCGUGAGGAUACUCGCCGGUACGACGGAGGUAUUGCGGUGGGUCACGUUCCUACGCUAAACGAGAUUUUAAACACCCUCGACGAUGUCCCUGCCGUGUUUUCAUGCGCCGCCCAAUUCUACGGCGCCGACUCCAUCCAGGAAGCAUGGCACCCAGGGUAUAGUAGUCGAUACUCGGUGCGCCUAAAAUCACCACGGAUUCGCUUCCUUUACAGCUUCGUGGAUGACAUGCGCAACUAUUGGAUGAAGGGCAUACUACUGGAGACGGUUUUGUCGAUUUUGUCUCGAGAACAAGCGGAUAUGCUGUGGGAGGGUGAUUUCCAGCUCUCCGAUAUCCACGGCGGACCGGAAGCAAGCACGAGUGAGUUUCUGGGCUCUGACGUUGUGUCAAUGUUCCCGCUAGUGGAUAUUCGUCUGGAAGAUACAGUGUUGGAGAUGCCUCCGCAUCGUAUGUCGUCGGAGUCGCUUUUACUUCGAUUUGACAGUUUCCGUGCGUCGAAUGAGGGCGUCGUCAACAGUUUCCUUGGAAUGGAGAAUCGCAUCGUGGCGAAAGUGCUGUUGAACUCGUCGUUGAAGCAACUGCAACUGGAUAUGAAGGCGCUUCGAAUCGUGUCGGUUAUUCUUGUGGACCGAAACGAUGGGGAUAAACGGCUUGGGGGUGGAGGAUUUAUCACGCAAAGUUUGUUGGGACUGACUAAUUAUUCUUUGUCCGUGGAUUUCCGCUCACAUUCCGAUUGGAAGUUAAAUUUUAGUUACAGCCCCGUUCGGUUGGUCUGCAACCAAGAGCAGUACGCCUUCGUACUGAGAGUGCCGUUUCAAAACUACCGGGAGCGGAGUCGAUAUCAUUUCUCGCAAGGGGUUGACACUCCGGCAAAGGUGAUAGCGCGAGUGUCAUCUCGUCGGUUCUCGCUAUCUCGAAGCCUCGAUGGAAACUCUUCUUCUGGGCGAAUCGUGGAGGAUGGAGACGAAGCAAGUAACGGAGCUAGUGUGUCGGAGGCCCCAGAAGUAACAGAAGAGCGCCAUAUCAUGCUAGAUCUGCAUGUCCCCGAGAUUACUAUGGAAAUUCUGCAAGGCCAACAUGGAUACCAUCCCUCAAGCAGCGGUGACCUCGACAUGGCCGAGAAGGGCAAAACCAACGAAGGUUCCAUUUGUGUUUUGUCACUCGCGGUUUUAACAGGACGCGCCGACUACAAUUUAGCAAGCGGAAGGUUAACCGCAGAUGUUGAUCUGGAGGGAGUUCACAUUCGAGACUCGCGCGUGAACUCAAAGAUGUCGUCUUCCUAUCGCGAUGUGGUGGUGUUUGAGCGGUGCAAAGAAGGCUUGCAAAAGGCAAUUAAAGUUCAGUUUGGACGCGAAAGUUUCGAUGUGGAUAUAGCGACAAUAGGCUUUGACCCUGCCUUUACUUCCCACGGAAAUGGUUUGCGAACGCCGCGGACUCAGUUCAGAAGCGUAUCCUCCAGAGCUAUUGUCGGUUUGUUCGGAUCGGAGCUGUCGUUGAGGCGAACCGAUUCGGAGCUGUCUGCCUAUUCAGCAAUGUCUUCAACGAUUACGAGCCAUGGCGGCGCACCUUCCGAUAAAUCCGGAGAGGACAAGUCAACCCCCGUGGUUGGGACGGAAGGGAGGAUGGACCUGGUUGUUGAUGUAGCUGGGUUCAAAGUCAUUCCAUCAAAUAUUCACUACGAUGUGCUUCAGUUCUUGACGAUGCCUUCGGGAUGGAGCGCAGAGGAGGAAGCCUCUGUGAGUAGCCGGGGGGACUCGAAGCCUGGUGAAGCUGAUGCAGAUCCAAAUGAGCCAGAAGAGACGACGAUGGUUCCACCGGCGUAUCGACGUAUUAGUCUGGAGUUGAAUUUAGGACCCUCCGCGUUGUUACUGGUUGAAGAUCCUCACAAAUUGAAGUCGCGAGCGCUGAUGCUGUCAUGGGAAUCGUCAGUCAUCCUGAAUUAUCUCCAGCAAACAAAUGAAGAUGAGUGUCCUAAUAUCGAAGAGAAGACCAAAGAAUCUCCUGCCCACAGCCGAAACCAAUUGCAGUUUUGUGUCGCUCUCGAAAAUAUUCACGCGACGUCACGUUUGUCGGAGGAAAGCGUGUGGGCAAUGGAACAAGCCGCAACAGCUGCAUCAGCCGAUUGCUUGAAGCCUAUCGAUAUGGAGACUGUCUUGCAGAUGGAUCUUCGUUCCCACUUCCUCCGCUUCCGAACUACAUUCGAUCGCGUAAUGGAGCUACGAUUCGGGUAUUUGGAUUUUUGUACGAUGCUCGCAGCGCUGGAGCAUAUAUUCCGGCGACCAUCACUUACUUCACCACCUAAUACCCAAGGUGGCCAGAAGAGACGUUCGAUGUCAGGCUCUUCAAUUUCUUCUCUUUCUGGUGGCGCUGCUGAUAGUGAAACUUCGUCUUGGAGUGGGCGUCGUCGCUCACCUUCCUCGCCACGGUCUGGUCUUGCUGUGUCCUCUUCGAAGAAAAGUGAGCGGCAACGUACAGCUGCUCUAUACGGAACAUCCCUGAUUUACUUGGUUUCUGCUAGCUUUCGAGGACGGCUUGAGACGCGACCAGUAGUGGGCUUCUACAACUCGACAUGGCGCAAGCGAUAUCUUGUCCUGCCGUACACGGCUCAGCAGCGACAGCUAGUUCAAAGUGUGGCAUUCAGAAUCUUGCCAGCAUCUGGAAGCCGACGGCAGAUUGGAGACGAGAUUUACUAUGGCGAUCAGAUAAUCUUGGAGGCUGUGGUAGACAACGACAGCGAUAGUGGUGAGAAGGACAAGUCGCCCGUCAAGGAUGAAGCAGUGAGUGCUGCUGCAAAAGAUGCGUCUCAGUCAACUCUGAUCCGGAAGUAUGAUCAACUUGGAGCCAACGGGUAUUUAGGGCCGGAGGGUUCAGCUGGAGCUUUUGAGACCACGAUAUGGAAGCACGGUAGCACGAUGUUUAACUCAGACAAGAGUGUUAUCUACGAUCGGGAACUGAUCGUGUUCGAGGAGCUCACGAUAUAUCGCUCAUUCAGCAAAGGCAAAAAGUUUGGCGCGGCAAAUGCUUCAGGCCAGCAGAUGGAUUUUAACUCUGCUAGAUCAGGUCCUCAAGCAGAAGGUGCGCACACUGUCGACACGACGGGCGCACGGGGAGGUGGAUACCUAAUGUUUAACGGCGUUGGAGAUGCCCCCAUACCAUUUGCUCUGUCGAUCGUAUCAAGCAAAGCGAGAUCUAGAUCGCCACAGCGCGAGGAAAAGAGCAAUGUUCCCCAGAGGAGAAAACGAAAGUCGCUUUUUGCCUACACCUCAUUCCUUGAGAACUUGAAAAUAUUGGAAUUCACGCUUCCUGGGGUAAACGCGACUGUGGUAAAUGACUUCCACAAUAUGCUGCUACCGCUGCUUCACUUUCGAGUGGCGACACUGCACGCUGAUAUUCGAGGAAGAUUAGAAGACAAAUUCACGGCGCUAGCUAGUCUGCGCUUUGGAAUUCAAGCCUACAACUCGCAACUGGCGGUAUGGGAACCUGUGCUUGAAGACUUUGAGGUGAACAUGGCGUUCCACGGAAAGGAUGGCGUCUUGUGUGACUAUUGUAUGUCGGAACGACAGUCGGUGUCUCCGACAGGAGCAGCGCUGCGGUGUGAUGGCAUGCCGUUAUGCCUUUUCCGCUCUUCGCGAACCGAGGUGUUUACGAAUGCUGCUGCGCAUUCGUGGGAGUCGAAGAACUUCAUUUAUCGCGAGCUUCUGGAGCAACCCGACGUUCAAGAUGGCGGCAAACUGGCAAAUGCAUUCAUGAUCGUUGUGAAAGACGACUUCAACAUCAAUGUAUCGCGCAAUGUGAUUAACGUGCUGGUACAUUUCUUUGCUCUAGUUACGAAAGUCACGGCUGCUGACGAGGCUUUAUCAUCCCGCCUCGGACCUUUCAUUUACGUGGACAAUCAGUCCGGGAUUCCAUUUGUCGUCGCUACCCACCCGUCGUCAUCCUCAGCCGGUGCUCCUACUGCGGGCGGAACUCCGUCGUCAUCUCGACGACCAACAGGCUCAAUUGAAAUGCCAACGGAAGUACCGGGUGCAGACACCAACGACAACAUCUUGAAGGCCGGAACGGCAAUGUUUAACAGCAAUGCUUGGAGUCGUCGUCGACUGUCAACAAUGCUUAACGAUAUUUCCUCAUCAGACACGGAGUGGAUUCGAGUUGAAAGCGGAGAGCGCGUUGCAACUGAAAUCGUGGCGCAUGAAGCACCUGCCGGAUGUGUAACAUCACCACUACGACGUUUGUUGUGGUUAAAGCCACAGUCCCAUGGCCAGAGGGCAACAGCUUCCAAGGCCAUCCCAGUGCCGAUUGGGUACUCAAAUCGGAGCUACCUUCACCUGGAGAGCAGCGGCAAACAACGAGAUUCGUGGCACGGUGAAAGCAUUAUUUGUGAAACCGUUGCGGAACAGGGCACACUUGUGUUGCGCUUACGAGGAAAGGUGCAGUUGACGAACUUCUUCAGUGUACCGAUCCAAGUCAUCUACAACGACCAGCGAGAAGAAACGAUUGAACCCGGUGGCAAGGCGGCACACUAUAUCCCCAUCCAAUAUCUCGAGUCUGGGACGGUCGCGUUUCGCCCAUUGCUAUCCAAUGGUCAGGUUCAGCGUUCAGACGCGCUUUCUAUCGCGUCGCUAUUGCGGUCGAAUGACCACAAGUUCCGCAGUCGUUCUAGCCGUCGCCAGAAUGUCGGGUCACUGGAACUACGCAAGGCGUUGACCUUUUACUGGGACGUCCACCCCAGCACAGCAACUGACGAGGCCCCCGAUUUCACAUUUGGUGUCUCGUUGCCGCCGUUCCAAGUAAUUCUGACUGCGCUGCGCAAAUCCGAACGCCACGAAACGACAAUAACCUUGCGUCCGCCCAUCGUGCUGGAGAAUCUGGUGCCUUAUGAGUUGUCAUACCGCACGGUCUGUAUGAAAUCGGAGGCCGAGGUGGUCUGGGUGGCGAAAAAUGCAGCAUCGUUCUCGGGUGCGAACGGAAAAGUACCGUCCGGUAGUUCUGCUUGCGUCGCAGAGCUGGAUAUCUUGGAGCGCGAUUUGAAUAACGGAGAGGUGGUGCAAACACCAACAGUAGUAGGACUCAGUCUUGCGCUACCGCAGAUUCAACUGCGAAGAUUCUCUCGGUGGUCUCGGGAUACGUUCAUUUACGGCUGCCAGUCGUUCUGUGAGCGCAUUGAGUUGAAUAUGCGGGACGACACUGAGUUGGAAGCCCCAACUCCCGCUAACAAGCUGACAAUUUGCGUCGAGAUUACACAACUCGAGAAGCUGCGGUCGCGUGCGCUGAACACUCUCUGUCCUGUGGUGUGCAGAGUGUUUACAGAGUACUGGUUGAUUGAUCGUACGUCGCUGUCACUGGCGUUUUAUACUGCCGAUGACUAUUUGAUUCCCUCCAACCAUCCAGGACGACUUUAUGAUGACAAGUCGGAUGCUGAAGAUGAAUCCUCCGCUGUGUCACUUUCUGUCUUUUCGUGCGAAAGCAAGCAAGUUGUCUCGAAAAUGAAAAUCGGCAUCAAGGGGGGCAAGGGCGAACGUGAGGUGCAGUCAGAGCCCUUUGAUAUCAGCGCUGUGGGUGUACGAGGGCAGAUUCUUGUGCCUACCAAUCGGUCUCGCGAUGCCCGGUCGCUCCUUUCUACGAUUGCAGAAUUCGGGGCUCCGUCGGACGGACUGAAGUCGACUUUUAAGCAGUAUGAGUUCGGCGUGAUGAUCGAGCAAGGCCCCGAGAAGUUUUCGCGAUCGCGUGUUGUGACCUUGGUCCCGCGAUAUUACUUCAUCAACACGUCGAACAGGUUUGAAAUUCGCAUUCGACAGGAGCGUUCGACGGACCCGAAUGCCGUGAUUGUGAUUCGUCCGCAAGAAACCAAGAUUUUCCAUUGGAGUGAUUCGCGCUUACCUUCGCGGGUUCAGAUAUGUUUUGUGCUGCCUGACAAGCGUCACGAUGCACGUGACACCUUCUCGUAUGCCCAUUCAUCUCAGUGGAGUGCACCGUUUGAACUAUCGUCGGUUGGUAACUUCGUGCUGCGUGUAAAGUCCAAAGUCCGGCCAGCGCCACCAUGCCUUCCUGGGUGCUUUGAGGGAAAUGUCUCUAAACGAGAUCCCAUAGAAGAUGAAGCGGAGACGGGCCUGUUUUUCGAUGAAGAAGAUGAGUACGGUGACGCAGAACGAAUGCUCGCCGAAGGAAUCCAGCUGAACGUAGCAGUUGAGCUUCACGAUCCGUCGUUCUUGGUUUAUCUGGAAGAGGGGAACCAGCCAGUCCACUUUUCUCCGCCAUCUUCUUACGAGUACGAAGAAGAUGAUCGAGAGCACACGUUGACUGUGAAACAAAAGGAAAACGAGGGAUUCGUUCCGUUCAAGAUCAAGAACGAGUGUAGCAACUUGGCGCUGGUUGUUUGGCAGAAAACGCUGGUGAAAGACGACAAGGGGAACGUGACCAUUGGGUUUGAAGGUGGUGAGCCGGUCCUACCUUUUCACACGAUCGACUACGUGCCAUUCCGCUUCUCUGCAUUCCCGACCGUAUUUGUACAGGUGCAAAAAGUAGCAGGGUUGGGCAUUGGUGCAUUGCGGAAGGAGCACCCACUCCACUGCCAUCGCCCGGAGAAACUGAGCACCAAAUCUUCAGCGGAGAAAGCAGGUAGUGAUGAACCAGUUACAGCCCUAUCCAGGGCAGCCACUGUGGGCCAAACGCAAGUGGUUGCAAGCUUUGAAGUACAGCUGAAAAAGCUUCAGCGGCUACCAACAAUCGAUGUGUCUGAAGGAGUCGCCAAGAAGCGAUUGUGGGCCGAAGUGUUACUGGAUGAGACUACCAAGACAUUGCUAGUGACUGACAUGCUACCUGGUUUCUCUGGAGAGCACAAGCGGCGCCGGCGAGCGACGCUUCUGCGCAGUUGGAAGCGCUAUAACACGUCGAUCGUGUUCAUUUCGCACGUGUUGGCGGCGCAUACUGCCCAGAUAACGGAUGGGUCCGAUGAUGACAAUGUGCAACAAGAGGUACCUGUAAAGAAGAAACGCGUCCGCUUUGCAUCAGACGUCACAGAAGCAAAAAGCAAGCCUGUUCCGGACGAAGCUGCGACCCCAGGCUCAACCCAACAGGGUGUUGAAGCUGGCGAGUGUGCACCGUCCGUUGAAGAGGAGAAAGAGGUGGAAGCGCUGGCGCUCUGUGUUCGACUUGUUGACGCGACGUAUCUGGAGGAUGUAUUUCUUCAAGCCGGGCGCAGUGAUUUGACAUCUUGCCAGCCGUUCAUCACAUUCGCAUUAAGAAGUGAUGGUGAGGAGGCCAGGGCUAAGCUAGCUCCACAGUCGACUACAAUGUUUCCACGUUGGCUGCCUGCACCUAAUUCGCGGGCGGUUCUAAGUGCGCUGAUCCUGAGUAAUGAGGAUGCUGAAAAGGAAGAAAGCCCUCGCACUUUUGGCGCUGGCGCAGAAAUCAUUGUGGAGAUACGAGAAGCCGACAAGAUUCUGUUUGGGUCCUCCAUUAUUGCGACAGCACGCAUCCCCCUGCAAGAGUACUGCGCGGCUGCUAUGAUCUCAGCGACAACCGAGGCGAACCACGAUCCACAAGUGGUCGAGUUCCUUGCUCCUGUGCGUGUGGCGCGGAAAGAUGGAGGUUUGUCCCGGUCCAUAGAGAAUGAAACGCGGAUUCGCUUCCAAAUGUGCUGCCGACGAACGCUGACGACCCGGUCGAAUGCAGCUGCGUCUAGCGGUGAAGGCCUAGAUACGCUUGAUGCGGUGAAGGAGUUAGUCGAUAUGUUAUCCGCCUAUCAGUUGAAAAAGGAGCUGGACGUGCUGGUGAGCUCCAAGUCGCAAUUGAAGCUUCUGCUUGAGCGUGAAGCUGUGGAUACGUCGACUAGUGGGACCAACAUCCCAGCGGCUUUGCGGUCAGUGCCUGAUCAUGCAGCAGCUGAAGAGAAGAAAGACUCGGGUCUUUCGCACUUCGUCGCCCGUUCCACUGGUUCGGACGACGAAAGUCUUGGAACCCGCAGUCGAAGUACUACCAAUUCAGCUCGCGGAUCUGCGGUCUCGGUGACAACUGACGAGUCUACGAGUGAUGGCACAUACGAAGAAAUGGGCGAUGAAAAGCGCUUGACUGCAGUUCUGAUCGGUGUGUCGAAUCUUCAAAUUCCCACGGAGAUUAUUCGGAAUAAUUUCAAGCACACGCACGGGACGACAGAUCACCUGGAGCCAAAGAUCUACUGCACCAUCACGUACCAGGAGUCAACGCGCUCUGCUUUAUCGGCGGUCGCCAAGUCUUCAGCUGCAUCGGCUGCAUCAACAGACAAGGACAAGAAUGACGACGCUGGAUCACCCGAAAGAGCGUCAAUGGCUGGACCACCAGGCAGCAACGCGCACCUACAGGAAGUUCGCACUCAUGAGUUCCCGCGGGGUCAAAUGCUGGGCCUCGACUUGGUGUACCGAAACGGGCGUAUGCUUGUCCAGGGUGUUGUAUGCGACGGGCCUUGUGGAACGCUGGUCUACGAGGGUAAGAUCCGUAUUGGGGACACCGUGGUUGCAGCCAACAACAAGUCUAUCGUCAAUCUCCACCGCGACGCAUCUUUUGCUGUGAUCGAAAAGGCCAUACACUGGGGAGAGGGUGUUGGUACUCAAACCCAGGAACAAGCGUCGGGAGCAACAUUCACGCUCUCCUUCCUAUAUCAGCCGACGACGCCGCAACGCAUGACUUUUAGCGAUACGUCGAGGCCCCCGUGCGCGCAAGCUAAGGACGAAGAAACGGGUGUUCGGAAGUACGAUGCUGAGUGGAAUCGGCGGGUUGAGUUCGUUGAAACCUCGAGUACAAAACCUGCGGCAGGUACUGGCGACGAGCAGGUGCUCGUACGUGUGUACUUGCGUAACGAGACAUCGGAUCAUGGUCUGUCAGCAUCGCAAGAGUCAAGUAUCGUGCCGUUCUUGUAUUUCUUUGGCGACGACGCUAUGAUGGAUCAUCUUGAUCACAGUAAGCAAGACUCUCGGUUCGACGUGCUUCUAGCAGAGUGCUGGGUGCCGCUGCCACCGUCCUCUCUCUCAAGCGCCUCGAAUCCCAUGUCUAUGGAUGGAAACCCGAUGGCUGAGCCGUCCGCCCUCACUUUCAACGAACGGAUCUGCGCACUGUACUCGCCGCAGCAACGCUCGCAUCAACACUCGGCAUUGGAAAUGAUUGGCCAGUUACGGUUAGCACUGAAAUGGGAUUUCAUCAACCCGUUGCGCGCGGCUCAGCAGCAAGGAGAUCUAAGUCUCCAUUUCCAGCUUGAAGUCGCGCGCAUUUGUAUCUCGGUCGUGGAUGAUGGUGCGUGGAGCUCGGUGGCGUCUGCUGCUGGACCCCAGCAGCCUCAAGAAGUGUUGUGCAUUUCUUUGUCCGACCAAAAUGCUUCUGCUGGCAUUCAACUAAGCUAUGGCCAGAUCUCGGACGGAAAACAAGUGAUCAACGCCCGCAUCGGUCACUUUCAGAUCGACAACCAACUUCUUGAUACAAACUACCCAGUGCUGCUACGCCCGAUGCGUCUUCUCGAUGCACAAAUGCAGGAAGAAGGCUUCACGAUGGCGCAAAAUAAAGGAGGCAAAACAGAUCAUGGAGGUGCAGAGGGAGAAAGCCCGAUGCUAUUGCCAACCGUGCAGUUGAUGGCUGUCUUCAGUCGCCAACCGAAUGUCAUCCAGUUUGACUACAUCUUCGGUCAGCUACAAGAGCUGGAAAUCAAGCUGGAGGAUGCGACGCUUGUGGCACUGGCUCACGUGUUUUCCGGGGUGGAAUGGUCGCAUACUGCAUCAAGCUCACGUUCAACCAAGCAAAAAGAGCGGCGCGGUGACGAGUUCGGGUCUAACUUGGCACUUAAGCUGCUGGAGAUCGAAUGGUCUACCCCCACGCUGUUGUCUACAGCAGCGGGGAACACAAGAAGUGGAGAAGGGGCAAACAUGAAGGUGCUUUUGCGCUGGCUCUUGCUCUGCCCCGUAAAGGUCAACGUGACUUUCACGAGCACUGCAGACCGGUCACUGUUGCUCUCGCUGGUAGGUGCCCUUUCGCCGGACAUGUCAUCAGUAUUGAGUACGCUCAUCAGUGCAGCUGCGGCGUUGGUAUCGAAUCUGGACCAGGCACCUAUCCGAGUACCGGAAUUCUACGUUGAGAAUCUGCUGGAAACGACGCACACGCUGGCAUUUUAUGCCAUGCAGCACUAUCUGCACCAUGGUUUGCGCAGUUGGUACAGUAUCAUGGGGUCCGUCGACUUUUUGGGAAACCCAAUUGGUCUUGUCAGCACUCUGGGCACUGGAGUCAAGGACUUCUUCUACACACCUGCGCAAAUGCUGCUCGAAGACGAAAACGGCCUGCGGAUCGACAACCUACGCACUGGCAUGACCAAGGGCUCCAAGAGCCUGUUGCGCAAUACUGCGGUUGGCAUCUUCCACACUACGGGGAAGAUCACUGAAACGCUGGGCAAGGGUAUCGCUUUGUUGGCUAUGGACGAGCAGUACAACGUGCAGCGACAACGUGCGUCGACGCGACAGAUCAAAAAGAUCAACGACCUCGGCGACGCAAUUGCAGAAGGAAGCAAAGGCCUCGUGGGAGGUGUCUGGGAUGGCAUCAAAGGUGUCGUGGCUGCGCCAGUGCGUGGAGCGGAGCAAGAUGGAGCUGGUGGGUUCGUGGUGGGUAUCGGCAAGGGCGUCGCGGGUUUGAUUGUGAAGCCGACGGCCGGAUUCUUGGACCUGCUCACCAGUCUGUCGCGAGGAGCGAAGACAAGUGCAGAGUCCUUGGAUGGUACCGAUCGCAACGCUUUUGACACAGUCACUCGCUUCCGGCUACCCCGGCGUAUCUGUUCGGACGGCGUGCUUGUUUCGUACUCGGAGCGUGAAGCUCGGGGCUACGCGGUGCUGCUCCUCACAUCACUUGAUGCAACGGAUGAUUACGUGUAUCACGUGGACUAUGGUAUCGAGCCACACCGUGGACUCUUGUUGCUGACUGACAAGCGUCUUAUCUGCUUGAGUGGCAAGACCGGGCAGAAGCUGUGGGAGGUUGCGCUUGACUCGACGCUGGAGGUCCUAGUCAAAGGUGCCACGCUCAAGAUCGGCCAGUCCACAUCUCCAUCGCGGUCCUACAACAUCGAGUGCGACAAUGAGGUGGCGGCAACGAAUUUCCGCGUUGCAGUGGACUCCGCGCGCGUGGAUGUGUCGGCCACGCGAUACCUGCUUUUGAACCUGGAGAAGAGUCAGGACGAGUCUCGGAUCAUUGGCGGCGGGCGUUUCGGCAGUGGAGCAGCAGGGUUGCUCAAGAAUGAUGAAGACCGCACAGACCUGCACGUGCUGAUGGAGAACGUCCAGGACACGACGGUCACCGGGCUGUCCAACGACGACCUGCGGUCGCAGCCCCUGCGCUCUGUGCGUGUGGAGGUCUGCCACCUGCAGAACAAGGAUGCCCACGCGAACGUGCCGAACCGUGCGAUCGACAAGUUGCUGUCCUUCAGCGUGUUCCAGGUUCAAGUGUACGGCGGACCUUACCAAUGGACUGUUUUCCGGCGCUUUAGUGAGUUCCGAGAUCUCUGCGCCAAGCUGGAGGCAGCGGGGUAUCUGCUGGAUGGCCUGCCGCCCCUCCCACCGCGAACGUUCCUCCCGAGUACGCGAGCUCCUGUGGCGAAGCAUCGACAGGAGGCGCUCAACAUGUUCCUGCAGGCGGCGAUCAUGCACUCGGUGAUAAGUCGCAGCGCUGCGAUGCUGGAUUUCCUCACGCGCGAAGCCCGAGAGGUGCGCGUGAGUCUGCCACCGCUGUCGCCCACUGGGGGACGGGAGGCGUCGCAACGCGCUGGAGACUCGCCGUGAGGGAGGUGUUGUUGCCGAACGUCGUGAAGUGCGAGUUUUGUCUGUGUGUUUUGGAUUUACUACAGUAUGUAUCAACAUUUGCAUUUUAUCAAUCGUG